AGUAGUUAACUGACUAACAUGAAGUUGAUUGUGUUUUUGGCCCUUGUGGCAGUGGCAGCCGCCAAUGUCUUGCCCGAGCUGAACAGGGUGGUCCCUGUUAAGGACAUGCCUAGUACCGGCAAGGUAGAGGGACGUAUCACCAAUGGAUAUCCGGCUUAUGAGGGCAAAGUGCCCUACAUCGUUGGUCUGAGCUUCAACGACGGCGGCCACUGGUGCAGUGGAUCGAUUAUUGGAAACACCUGGGUCCUGACUGCCGGCCACUGCGUCAACACCGCCAACCAUGUCCUGAUCUACUACGGAGCCAGCUUCCGCCACGAGGCCCAGUUCACCCACUGGGUGAGCCGCAGCGACAUGAUCGUCCAUCCCGACUGGAACGACUACCUGAACAACGAUAUCGCCCUGAUCCGCACCCCCCAUGUGGACUUCUGGUCCUUGGUGGACAGGGUGGAGCUGCCCAGCUACAACGACCGCUACAACAGCUACGCCGGCUGGUGGGCUGUCGUCUCAGGAUGGGGCCGCACUGAUAACGACAGUGGCAUGUCCAACUACCUCAACUGUGUGGAUGUCCAGGUCAUGGACAACAACGAUUGUCGCAACUACUUUGGAGGCAACUACGUCACCGAUAACACCAUCUGUAUCAACUCCGAGGGCGGACGGUCCUCCUGCAAUGGAGACUCCGGUGGUCCCAUGGUUAGCCACGAUGGCAACCGCAUCAUCGGUAUUGUUUCCUUUGGCAGUUGGGAGGGCUGCACCGCCAGCAAGCCAGCUGGCUUCACCCGUGUCACUGGUUACCUGGACUGGAUUCGCGACCACACUGGCAUUUCCUACUAAAGUUUUUAAAACAAAUAGAGUCUUUCAAGAGCACCCCGAUUAAUAAAUUGUUUAGCGUUUUAUUUUUCCAUACCUCA